CCCGAAGAGGCCUUUCCUCGGAGGGCCCGGCCGGAGCGGCGGCUGAGGCCCCUCCGUCUCCCUGCCCAGGUCCAGGCGCUGCACUACCUCCUCUGCCGCUUCUUCCAGCUGGGCUACCUGCUUCUGCACCCCGAGGAGCAAGACUGGCCUGCUGGUGGCUCUGCCCAGCGGGACCCGGGGAGGCUCCUGGGCGCCUCUCUGGACAGCCAAGUGGUCUGGGAGUCCCUGAACCCCGAGGAGGUUUCCCAGAACGUGAACGCCCUGGUGUCCUUCCGGAGGCUCCCCUGCCCCGCGGAGUUCGGGUCCUCCGUCAGCGUGAGAGAGAGGCUAGAUCUGGAGGAAACAAGUGGCAGCGUGGGCAGUGCCCGUCCUGGAAACCCGUAUUGCUCCCCAAUUCUGGUGCGCAAGAAAGCGAUCCGCAGCAAGAUUCUCCGCUCCGGAGCCUAUCGAGGAUGUACCUUUGAGGCGGCCUCCCAGCAGGGCGCUCGAGAAGCGUUUUCCUCCAGCUGUGACGGCAAAGGGAGCCUGCUCCAUCUGCCGGAAAACGAGAACGAUCUGCGGGAGUGCGUGUGGUCCUUUGCAGGCAUUGACAGGGACGCUGGCAUGGCCCUACUGAGGAAUGACAUGCUGGGGGCCUUCCUUCUAUGGGCCGAGCCAGGAUCCACCCAUCAGUGGUGCCUUGCAGUGAGGACCCGCUGUGGCGUCGUCCCAUAUCAGAUAUAUCGGAGCCAGCUGGGGAAGUACUCAGUUGAGCAUUUGAACGUAGAAUUCCCCAGCAUGGAGGCCUUGUUAGACAAUUACUCUGGGGUUCGUGCAGGCCUUUUCUGCUCCCUGGGUGCAGGCCGAAUCAACCACUGUUACGAGGAGCAAGAUGCGGCCCAGGAUCUCUGGGGCGAAGAGCGGGCUCGCCGGAAGUCCUCGUGGCUGUUUGGUGUCGCCCGGUCUCCGGCCGCGCAGCACGAAGUGGAGGGGCGCUCGGCCGGGUCCUUCGCUUAGCGUUCCUGCCGUCCGAAGAGAAGGGAGGCCCGGCGACCCUGCCCCUCGCUCCGUGGCUCGGCUUUGUCGUGGCUCUUCUGCCUUCCUCCCGUCCGCCUCGAAAUUCGGGUCGCUUCCUGCUGAUGUUGUC